GGCCAGUUUGUCUAUUUUAUUGGCAGCGCAAGACGCGUAGAUUUACCCUAUCAACUCGAAGCUGAAAAACUCAGAUACCGAACAGAUGUUCGCAUGACAAGGGUUUGUCAAGAUGACACUAGUCAGUUAGGUGAUGGAAAGUCCCUGGAAUCAAGAAUGGAAUUGGUUCUUUCAUGUGACGGACUUGAUAAUUCAUUACACAAUAAUGCCAACCAAAGAGCUAUUGCUGCGAGUAGAAGUACUGACGGAAAAACGCUAUUAGUUGUUAUCGAACGCGACGAGAUUAACAACGAAGAUGAUAUUGAAAGUCAACAUACAUUUGUUUGUCGCUUUUCAGUUGAGGAAUUGGAGAAUGCUUUUGAACAACUUUGGAGUACCUGUCAAAAAGUUGAAAGCACAAAAUGGCAAACAAAGCAAUGCGAAGGAGUAAUGCGCGACCCUCAAUGUUUCAUGUUCUCUUGGGAACUUGAUGAAAGAUUGCCUUUAUGCCGCCGUUUUGCUCAAGGUGGAUUAGAAAAUUGCCAGUUGAAUUCUACAAAGUCGCUCAUUUAUCGCUCAGGAUGGCUAGAGAAUUUUAAUGCCACACUUGGAACUCUAAUAACUGUUGAAGAGGUUGAAGAUGCACUUUUGUUGGGAUUUCAGAAUGGAACAAUUCAAAGAGUUGCAAAUAUUGCUACUAUAGUGGAAGGGCAGAAACAAUAUCAAGCCACUACUCUUUGGAAUAUUACUUUAGAAAAUAACCAAUUUAGUCACCUUGGAAUGAUUUUGGAUGGAAAUAAUCAUUUGAUUUUUGCAAAUAAAAAUAAAGUCCGAAAAAUGAAUUUAAGUUGCCCUACAAUGUAUCCUCAAUGUGAGGAUAUUGCUUGGAAUGAUCCUCUCAAUUGUAUUUGGUGUGCUUUCCCAAAUGAAACUGGAUUAACCAUAGCAAAAGAACAGAUGUUGGAGAUGUGUCAAUCUAUCGGCGGGUUUGCACUUGAUACUUGUCCACCAUUAGUUAAUGAGGUAACCAGAGAAGAGAGUGGAACAUUAACUAUUUGGGGAAAACGACUGAACACAAUGAAAAAUCUCAAUAUUUCUUUUUGCCGAAAACCAUGCACAAUUGAUAAACAACUACCUGACACAAUACGCUGUAAAAUGAAUUUGCCGUUUGGUCAUUGUAAAACACUCUCACUUGAAGGCAUAUUUGGCUCUGCAAAUAAUUUUACAAUUAUCCAUGAUCUAAGUAAACAACACAAUCAAAUUAGCGAUGGAAAGAUUCACCCAAGUUAUGUUAUGCGUGCAAUUUUAGUCAUUUUAGCUGUUGUGCUUAUUUCUAUUGCUUUGGUUGUUAUAUAUUGCAGUCUUUAUCCAAAAUAUGCAAAGAGAUUAAUCGACUUGGCCUUCUUUCGGAGUGCCAAUAACAGAGACACUGGCUACAACCCUAUUCCACCACCCACAGAAAUAUUACGACCGUCUACAUUCGAUCCUCAUACUUUCGGAUUGGCUUUAGGCAACUGUGCACAUUCUAAUCAAAAUUCUUUUGUUUCUGGUGGCGAUGAUGGAAGUCCUAUUGUUAUGUUGGCUGAUGGAGCUCGGUUGGAUCUGAGAACUUUCGAAUGUAUUGGGGAAGGAUAUUUUUCCAAAGUAUGUCGAGCACUCUGCCAUUACCAAAAAGAAAAAGGAGUAACUGAGACAAAACGUGUUGCUGUGAAAAUUAUCAAAAGUGCCACAGCAAUUGAAGAAGUAAAAUUGGAAGUUGACACUCUCAAAAAAUGCAAACAUCCAAAUAUUGUGCAAUAUAUUGACCAUUUUAUUACCGAUGAAAUGCGUUUUAUACAUAUUGUACUUGAAUAUAUGGGUGGUGGUGAUUUACACAAUUUUCUGAUUGAUAGAAAAAACACGCCAACAAUCGGAGAUGCUUUUUCUUACAUUAUUCAGAUUGCUAAAGGAAUGGCAUAUUUAGCUAGUCAACGAAUUGUUCAUAGAGAUUUGGCUGCCCGCAAUUGUAUGCUUGAUACUAGCAAACGUGUUGUUAAAGUGACAGACUUUGGCCUUUCUCGUGCACUAACCCGAUCAAAAUUAUAUGGCGAGAAUGAUGAAAACUAUGUGUAUAUUUACAUAUCUGGUAAUCAACAGCAGAAAUUGCCUUAUCGUUGGACAGCUAUUGAAUGUUUUAGAGAAGAUCCCUUGUUCUCCGAAAAAACUGAUGUCUGGGCAUUUGGAGUGCUGAUUUGGGAGAUAUUCGCCCGUCACAUUGAACCUUAUGAAAAUAUGAAAAGUACAGAGGUAAAGAGAUUUCUUGAAGCUGGCAAAAGGCUUGAAUGUCCAAAGCAUUGUCCUGAACCUCUUUAUGAGUUAAUGUUAUUUUGCUGGGAUGAAGAUCAAAUAAAACGACCAAAUUUUGAUGAAAUUUAUCUACAAUUAGAAAGUAUCUUCGAUGAAUUGAUGAAAAAUGAUUCAGAAUCAAUGAAUUGUCAAUAUGAAUCAUUGAACGAUUCGGAAUAUGAGACGCCAAUUACUACAAAACAAAAUUUGCCACCUACGCAGCUUUCUUCAUACUCACAUUCUGGAUUAUCUAGUACAUCAACAAGAGUUGUGGAUGAUCUAAAUAAUUCAACAGCAAUUUAG